UGCAACUCUGUCCGCCACAGCCUGAGGCAUGUAGGACAAACAGCAGUGCCUGAGAGCUGGAGUGCACCUGGCUGCUGCUGGGGCAUUGAGCCGGGGCAAGCUGCCAGGCUCGAUAACUGGCCUGACCUGACCUGAGUUGUUGAGCAAUGUUUUUAUCAUGCAAGCUGAAGGCUGUGGUCCUGCAGCUUCCUUGAGGUGUGGUGUUGGCUGUGCUGUGCUCGCAGGGCCCUGUCUGGGGCAGCAUGCUGCAGUGUCAGCACAGCAGCUCUGAGCUCGGCCGAGGAAGGAUCUAGAUGGCUCUACCCAGCAGAAAUGCAGUCGCAUGUCUCGCAGCCUCGUGGUGCAGAGCUAGAAGCAUGUCCCACACAGCUGAUCCUGCUUUCUGCCUCUGGUGCCUUCAUCCAGCUCUCAGGCUGCUGUGAAACACCGGCUGUGCCCAGGUCCAUCAGCAUGCUCCAGGUACCACUGCCCCUGGAUCGGGAUGGUAUCCUGUUCCGGCUGCGUUUCACUACUCUGGCUGUUUGGACUGUGUUUUGCCCCUUGUUUGGUUUUCUUUUCUGCGUGAUUUGGUCUCUGCUCUUCCACUUCAAGGAGACAACAGCCACCCACUGCGGGGUCCCAAACUACCUGCCUUCCAUCAGUGCUGCCAUCGGAGGAGAGACCCCGCAGCGCUACGUCUGGCGGCUCUGCAUUGGUCUGCACUCAGCUCCACGUUUCCUGGUGGCUGUUGCCUACUGGAACCACUACCAGAGCUGCCACUGCUCCCAUCCUCGCUACCUGCGCCUGUGCCACCUCAACCUGCUGCUCAACCUGCUCGAGAACUUUGCCCUCCUCGUUCUGACCUAUGUGUCCUCCUCAGAGAACUAUGCAAUCCAUGAAAAUGCCUUCAUCGUCUUUAUCACGUCAGCUCUGGGCCACAUGCUCCUGACGUGCAUCCUCUGGAGGAUGACUAAGAAACACACAGUAAGUCCCGAGGAGCGCAAAUCCUACAAGUGGAAACAGCUGCUCUUCUUCAUCACCUUCAUCACCUUCUCCAUUGCCGUCUGUGUCUAUUUCCACCACAACUGGUACUGCAGACCUGGAGUGUACACCAUCUUCGCUUUCCUGGAGUACGUGGUGGUCUUCUCCAACAUGGCCUUCCACAUGACAGCCUUCUGGGACUUCAGCAACAAGGAGCUGGUGGUGAGCUCGAUGCUGGAGGACAAGCACUUCUAAGUGGGUGCUCCCAUGGGUGCUGCCCCGUGGUGUGGGCCGGGGGCUGCAGUUGUCCCCAUGCUGGGAACAGGAAUGGGGUCCGCUCCUUCUCCUGCCUGCACUCCGGUACUCAUCAGAGCUCUCUGUGCUGCUCUGUGCCCCCA